AUGGCCGAAAAGACCUCUCUGACGGCGCCCGUCGCGUUCGCGGUGGACCUCGAGAAGCAUGCCUCCGCAUCGAACGAGUCCUCGACGGCCCCGUCAUACCCGACCUCGCCGGCUGGAGGCACCACGCUCAGCCUCGCCAGCGACGAGCUCAAGGGCGUACCUCUCGAGAAGCAAGAAUCCUCUAGCCCGGUCGAUGGCGUCCUGCCGGUGCCAGUCUUGCUCGAUGCCGAGACACAGAAGCUUCCAGGCACGGCGGAUGAGGAGCCCAAAAAGGAGCCGCCGGCGCCCAAAAAGGAGCCCGAGAAGCGCUUCAAGGAGGUCGACACGGGCUACCUCGACGGCCUGCGCGGCAUCGCGAUGAUCAUGGUGUUCAACGAGCACUACUUCACGCACACCUUUGCCAAGCUGUUCCCUGAAGUCAUCCAGCCGGGAAGCGCGCGCGACAUCCUGCGGUCCAAGAUGGGCCUGAUCUUCUUUUUCAUGCUGGCCGGCCGCCUCAACGUGACCUCGUGGUUCCGCCGCCUGCACCGCGGCAAGCCCCUCGUGUGGAAGUCGCUGCCGGACGCCAUGCUGCGCCGCACGUGGCGCCUCGCCGUCAUGUCGGUCAUCGCCUGCAUCGCCCAGGCCACGUCGUGCGCCGGCGGUGCCUACUACCCGGCGCAGAAGGCGAGCCCCAUUCUCAAGAUCGGCGACAACCUGUGGUACCCGGACUGGUGCACGCUCGUCAAGCGCAAGGGCUACGUCAUCGCCACCUCGACCAGCUUCAGCGAGAUUGCCGUCGACGUGAUGCGCAUCUUCACCAACCGCGACCACGUCUACCAGCUCAAGUACGAGGGCAUGCUCUGGUCGAUGUACACGCAGCUCUGGGGCAUGAUGUUCUGCCUCUUCCUGAUGCCCGUGCUCAUGUACAUGCCGCUCUGGCGGCGGCAGGCGCUCUACCUGGUGCUCAUGGUCGCGCUUGCCUCGACCUACAGCACCAAUCAGCCCUUCCUGCUGGGCAUCUGGCUCGCCGACCUGGCUGAAUCGCAGAUCCUCGAGCGACUCCGCCUCCGGUCGCGCUGGACCUACAUCUCGCUCGAGCUCGUUCUGGGCGCCCUCACCUUCCUCUUCCUCUGCUACAACCGCAUCGAGACUCAGAUGCUCCAGGCGCUCGCGCCUAUCACGUUCCGCGAGGGCGUGCUCGGCGUCAACCUCAAGAAGGACGACUUUGGCGGCUCCCCCGCCAUCCUCCUCCGCGCCUUUAUGGUCUUCCUCUGGCUCGAGAUGUCCAUCAUGGGCCAGUGGCUCAUCGGCAACUGGCUCUUCAAGGCGCUCGGCCGCAUCGCCCUCGGCUUCUACGUGUCGCAGAUGCCCAUCGUCUUUGGCAUCCUGCCGCCCAUGGUCGUCAAGUGGCACAAAGAGGGCGUCGACUACUGGAGCCUGGUGUCGUACGGCUGGUGCCUCUGCUUCACGCUCAACUGGGCCUUUGGCUGGGUGCUCGGCAAGACGAUUGACCGCUGGUCGAUCAGCAGCUCGGCGUGGCUCUCCAAGAACCUGGCCACGCGCGACACGGUGUCGUUCCUCGGUGCCCUGGUCCGCCUGGUGAUCGACUUUUUCCUCGAGGACAUCCCGGCCUUUUUGGCCUCGAUCCCCGGCCGCUUCCGCAGCGGCCAGCGUGGCUUCGGGCGCUUCGUGUACGCGUGCAAGCACUGGCGCACGCCCGAGGAGCAGCCCGAGCCCAUCGGUCCGCCAGAGGCCUACGGCUUCACCGACGCCGACCUCAAGUCGACCAUCUUCACCUCGGACGUGCUCGACACCGAGCAGGCCCGGCGCGCCUGGCGGCUGCUGCGGAUGAGCUCGUGCACCUUUAUCCUGCUGCCCGUCGGCGCGCUCGGCGUCGGCUUCAUCUGGGGCUGGUUCAACCCGUGGGCGUACUUCAAGACGCCCAUGCCGGCAUCGUUUAGCCUGCUGUGGAAGGUGCUGUGGCUCUUCACCUUCCCCUUUGUCGUCAUCACCUUUGUCGGCUUCAUGGCGCCGGACAUUACGCUGUCGCGCAAGCAGCAGGACUCGAAGCGCGUCUACCGCGACCGCAUCCACAAGCUCUACAUUGUCUCGGUCACGCGCGGCACCAACGAGGACGCCACGCGCCGCUGCCACCUCGAGCUGCGCAAGCUGGAAAAGUACCACCCGGCCGUCGAGGUCAUUGUGCUCACCGACGAGCCCAACGCAUACCCGGACCUCAACAACAUCGUCACGCCCAAGGCGUACGUGUCGCCGGGCAAGAUGGCCAAGCACAAGGCGCGCGCCCUCGACUACUUCCGCCACGUGGCCAAGCUGACCCCCUACGACUGGGUGAUGCACAUGGACGAGGAGUCGAUCAUGGACGCCGCAUCGCUCCGCGGCUGCAUGGACAUGAUCCGCUACACGCCCCACGACUUUGGCCAGGGCAUCAUCCUCUACAACGCCCACAACUACUGGAAGGGCGUCGCCGGCUGGGCCUUUACCGUGGCCGACGCGCUGCGCGUCGGCGACGACCUCGCCCGCUUCUCGCUUCAGGCCAACAUCUUCAAGCGGCCCGUGUUUGGCGUCCACGGAUCCUUCCUCAUGAUCAACGGCGAGGUCGAGAACAAGAUCGGCUGGGACUUUGGCACGCUCACCGAGGACUUUGAGUUUUCCCAGGUGGCGUGGGCCAAGGGCUACACGCUCGGCCGCAUCCACGGCAUUGUGCGCGAGCAGUCGCCGUCCAACGUGCUCGACUUCCUCAAGCAGCGCCGCCGGUGGUACAUGGGCAUCGCCCAGCUCGCCAAGCGCUUCACGAUGCCCGCCCUCGCGUGCAAGGUGUGGACCGCUGGCGUCUUUUGCCUCAUCGGCACGGGCAUCAACCUCCUCUUCUCGUUCCUGCCCACCGGCAACGACCCCACGCCCUACUGGCUCUACAUCAUCAGCUGCUGGUCGUUUGGCACCUUCCAGGUCCUCUACAGCGCCGGCGUCAUCUUCCAGGACAUGGACUACUACGACUUCAAGGACUGGUGGAUCAUCCCGAUCCACGUCGCCGCCACCUUUUUCAUCUCGAUGGCCACCUCUGGGCUCGAGGCCGCCGCCGUCAUCUGGGCCAUGUCGAGCGAGAUUGAAAACGUCGGCUUCGAGGUCAUCAAAAAGUAG